GUGCAGGACAGAGGAGCUGCUGCUGCUGUCACUUCCAAAAGCCCAGUUGUCCAUCCACCAUCAUGGGAAAGAAGAGCAGAGUGAAAACUCAGAAGUCUGGUUCAGGAGGAGCCAGUGCUGUGGUUUCCCCAAAGGAGAUGAUGAAUCUGGUAUCUGAACUGCUGCAGAAAUGCAGCAGCACAGCACCCUCUGCUGGGAAAGAGUGGGAAGAGUACAUCCAGAUCCGAGGUUUGGUUGAGAAGAUCCGCAAGAAACAAAAGGGUAUGUCAACGGUGUUUGAGGGCAGCAGAGAGGACUACUUCCCGGACCUGAUGUCUUGGGCUCAAGAGAAUGGGGCAUCCUGUGAUGGCUUCACAGUGGCUGACUUUGGGACUGAGGGCUACGGUCUGCGAGCGUCCAAGGACGUUAAGGCAGAAGAGCUGUUCCUGUGGAUUCCCAGGAGGAUGCUGAUGACAGUUGAGUCAGCCAAGAACUCUGUGCUCGGUCCUUUAUAUAGCCAGGACCGGAUCAUGCAGGCGAUGGGCAAUGUGACGCUGGCGCUUCAUCUGCUGUGUGAGCGGUCCAACCCCACAUCACCAUGGCUGCCGUACAUUCGCAGUCUUCCUCAGGAGUAUGACACGCCACUGUACUACCAGCAGGAGGAGGUGCAGCUGCUCCUGGGCACCCAGGCCGUGCAGGACGUACUGAGUCAGUACAAAAACACCGUACGCCAGUAUGCGUACUUCUACAAACUCAUACAGACUCAUCCUGCUGCCAGCAAACUGCCCCUGAAGGACUGCUUCACAUUUGAUGACUACAGGUGGGCAGUUUCUUCAGUGAUGACCCGUCAGAAUCAAAUUCCUACUGAGGAUGGCAACCGGGUCAUGUUGGCCCUCAUCCCCCUCUGGGACAUGUGUAACCACACAAAUGGACUGAUCACCACUGGCUACAACCUGGAAGAUGAUCGCUGCGAGUGUGUGGCCCUGCAGGAUUAUAAGGAAAAUGAGCAGAUCUACAUAUUUUAUGGCACACGAUCCAAUGCCGAGUUCGUCAUCCACAACGGUUUCUUCUUCCAAGACAACGCCCACGACCGAGUGAAGAUCAAGCUGGGUGUCAGUAAGAGCGAGCGCCUCUACGCAAUGAAGGCUGAAGUCUUGGCACGAGCCGGCAUCCCAGCGUCCAGCAUCUUUACUCUGCACUGUAACGAACCCCCCAUUUCUGCCCAAAUGCUGGCUUUCCUCAGAGUCUUCUGCAUGACUGAAGAGGAACUCAAGGACUACCUUCUAGGAGAGUCUGCCAUCAAUAAGAUCUUCACCCUGGGUAACAGUGACUUCCCUGUCAGCUGGGAAAAUGAGAUCAAGUUAUGGACUUUCCUUGAGACCCGAGCUGCUCUGCUCCUCAAGACCUACAAAACCACUUCAGAGGAGGACCGCUCCAUGCUGGAGAAACCUGACCUCUCUGUCCAUUCCCGCAUGGCCAUCCAACUUCGAUUAGCUGAGAAGCAGAUCCUGGAGAAAGCACUGGCUAGCGGACGAGCCAAGAGGCUGCACUUCCAGAAAAAGCUGGAAGAGGGCACUCCUUUGCCUUGUUAUGAAGAAAGUGAAAUUGCUCUGCUGGAGAACAGUGAUGCAGACACGAAGCUUCCUAUUAUUUUGCGCAAACUUGAGGAGGUAGAAGGAAGCCAGGAGAUCCAGGAGGAGGAGCAUCUACUGAAUGGAGAGAAGGCUGCGUAUGAUGUGCACGUGGAAGCUAAUGGAGAUUCUGGUCCAGAAACUCGAGAGGUCAGCAAAGAUGUUAGUUCAGCUUUGGACUGUGAUGGAAGUUUGAGCCAAAGAGAAGACAAUCGAACUGAAGAUGAUCCCAAAGAGAACAGUCAAUAAAACCUGCUUAUUUAUUCUAUCCUUCUGGAACAGGAAUAUAGAUGCUGAAGUCGAGUUUAAGUGUCAGUAUGUCCAUCUACCGUGGCUUUAGCUAGCUGUCCUCUGCUGAACAUGCCAUUUGUUAAACACUGCCAGCGUGCCCUUGGGCCUUCUCUGCAGAACAGCAUGCCGUUUCAAAUAAGACUACAUGUUGUUGAAGUGAUGGGCUGAUUUACGCAGUGAGACGACGGCGGCUUUGCGGGGGGAAAAAAAAGAAGACUCCACAGAACUGGUUCCUGCACUUACAGACAAAAAUGGAGUUAGUCUCUGUAAUCGCGUGAGGCGCUUUGGUUUAUGACUGCAGUUUGUCUCCAUAUACGUCCAGCUUGUUGUGAGUUGACAAUCAUAUUCCCCAGCUCAUUUUGGGUGUGCUGCUGAGUAACGGCCAUUACUACCCCCACCCC